AUGUUUGCACGAUUUAAGGGCGUGCUGGAAUCCCACAUCGAUUCGCAAAUUCAACAAGAACAAGCACGAACUCGAAAUUUACCUUCCCGCCGCUCAGGCUCACCCGCUCAGCGCUUGGCCUCUCGCGCGAGGACAACCGCAGCGGGGAAGGAGAAGGACCCAUCUGAGUUUGAGAACGAGAGCGAUGGGAGUUCUGUUACUACCUUGAUCCCUUCACGGGUGGGUACGCCUACGCCCGGGGAGGCGGUGCCGGAGAAUCCAUUGGGUGGUGGAUCGGAGCCGAGUGGUAAGGAAAACGGGGAGAGUUCUUCUGGCUGUGCCGGUGGGGCGGGCGGAAGUGGGAGCGGGAAUGGGGAAAAGAAGGAUGUUCCCUCUAGGACUGCGAGCCCCGCCCCUGGACCUUCGUCUUCAUCGUCUUCGUCAUCCUCGUUGUCAUCGAAUGUGGAUCUGCCUGUAGAUGUUAAGGCUAAGCUGAGAAAGUUGGAAAAGAUCGAGGGGAAGCACAAUGGUUUGUCGCAUGACCAACUGUUUGCGGUGUUUGUGUGUUCGUUGAGCUAAAUCCUUACUCCGCAGACCUACUGCGUUCUUACAAGAUUGUUCAUGCCCGCAGCGCUCUCAUAGAACCGUUUGAGAAAGCUCUUCGUGAGAAUACGCCCUUCGAGUCAAUAGCCGACCCCAAACCCCUCAUCGACUACAUCAGUAGUUUUUCUCUACGAGCUGAUUUAGCGAGAGAGGAACUUAUCCGAGUUUCCAAAGAGCGAGACGAGCAUAAAUCGCAGAUACAGAGACUUAAAGACGAGCAGAAAACUAAGGACGAAGAGAUUGAGAUAUUGAGGAAGGAAAUGGGGGCUUCAAAUGGUACCGCGGAAAGCUCUACUCCUGGGAAGCAGCAGGAGAGAUCUUCUGAUGAUAUCUUUUCGUUUGAUGACGAGCACGAGAAGUUACGGACUUUGGUCGAGCAACAGGAGAAAGAGAUCGAGACACUCAAGGUUGACCUUGAUUCAACCAAAGCUGCUCAAAAAGCUGCCGAGGAGGCUGUAGAAGGAAUGCAGCAGAGUGUAGAGAAUGCUCAAAAGGAUUUGGAAACUACGCGGGAGCUUGCCUCAGCUAGAGAGAAUGAGGCUACAGAGAUUGCAGCGAAGGCUGAAAAAAAUUUGCGGGAAAUGGAAAGGGGUAAGGCUUUGGUGGAGGAGAAUUUGAGGGUGGCUGAGGCCAGAUCCAAAGCGACCGAGGAAAAGGCUAGGGUUGGGGCUGAGGAAUUGGUGGAGAUCACGAAGGCUCUGGAUAAGAAAGCCAGGGAGCUCGAGGGGAAAAAGAAGGACCUUAAAGAGAAGGAGACUGGGUUGACACAAGCUAAGAGGGCCCUAGAGAUUUCAAAACAGAAGAUCUCUGACCUGGAGGCAACCAAUCAUACAAGCAACGACAUGUUAAGACAUCUUGGCAAGCUCACAGAGGAGCUCAAUCAGUUGAGGGAUGGUAAGAUCGUGCUACAGCGGGCCGUCGUCCAUCUGGAAGGGAAGCUUCAGGGAUCGGAGAGGAGACUGGCUGGGAACUCGUCAAAGCCUGGCGGAGAGGCCACCCCGGCCUCUAAGGGUUCCGAACCGAGCGCGGCUGGUGUUGCACCUGGAGCGGGCAAGAACGCGAAGAAGAAUCGGAAAAGGAAAGGCAAGGGCAAAGGGGGUGCUCAAGGUUCAACUUCUACUACGGAUGAGGGCCCAAUCAAGGAUAGUGAGAUUAUCGAUGAGGAGCUAGAGCCAGUAUCGGUCCCGGAAACCACUCUUUGGUCUGAGUCGAUUCUUGAGGAUCUUCAGAAUCAACUUGUUGCGUUGCGCUCACAGUUGGAUGAGAAGGAUUCUGAAAUUGCCAAGUUUAACUCUAGCUUGCAAUGGAGAAUUGAUGAGAAAGAAGAGGAGAUCGCUAGGCUAAGGGCCAAGUUGGUGGAUGUUGAAGCGGUCCAUGAAGAGAUAGAAUCUCUGCGGGACGAUCUUGUAAAUCUCGGCCAGGACCAUAUGGAAGCCCGAGAUAAGAUUAAGGAUCAAGCGAAAGAGCUCCAUGAAGUAAGAACGGGGAAGAGGGAGCUUGAGCAAAAGGUUCAAGAGUUGGAAUCUGAGAUAUCGGCUUUGAGGUCUCAAAAUUUGUCGACAUCUGCUGAAACCGAGAAAGCUCACGCCACCUUGAUCGCAGAGCAUGAAAGCCUGAGACAGAGGUCUUCUACACUUCAAACUGAUCUCUCCGCUGCCCAAAAAUUGGCAGCCACUAGAUACAAGGACACGAUGGAGCUCCGAGCGGUUAUAGAGAAAGCGCAGCCUGAACUGACGUCUCUCAGGGCAGAGGUGGCUACUUUGGCGGCCGGAAAAAAUGAGUCGAAUCAAAAACUUGUUGAAUUGAAGCGCCUCGAGAGAUCUGAGAGAGAUCUUAAGAACGACAUCACCAAUCUCACCAGGAAGAUAUCGGACAAGGAAGCUGAGCUUGAGAAAAUGCGCGCCAGAGUUCGUGAGGAGGCGGUUAGGAGGGUUCAGGCGGAGGAGGCCACCAGGCGAGCUCAAAAGGACCUUAGGAAGAUGGACGACGAACGAAAGGAAGCACUAGAAACAGCGGACAAGAACACCCGAGACCACGCCAGAGUUCAGGAGGAGGUCAACGCUCUGAAACUAAAGAUUGCGGCUUCGGAAAAGGAAAUUAAAGUUCUUAAGGAUGGAAAUAUUACCCUGACCGAAGAACUGGAAUUGAAGGUCGCACAGUAUACCAGCUCCCAGAGCCUGAUGGGCUCUAUGAGGGAUCAAACCGGCGAACUGGCGAUGCAGAUGAAGGAAGCCGUUGAGAAAUAUGAAUCUAUGGAGGAAGAACUUACAGAAACCCACAAACUACUCAGCGAGCGCUCUAGAGAAGCGGAGACCAUGAGAAGGCUACUCAGUGAGGUUGAGGAUAGAAACAGCGCACGGACCAGAGAUAUGAAGGAACGCAUGGAGGCCGCCUUUGAUGAGCGUGACAAGGCCGAAGAGGAAGCUGCGACCAUUGGCCGAAGACGGGCAAGGGAGAUUGAGGAACUCCGCGAUAGAGUACGUGAGUCAGAGCGCAACCUGAAGCAUGCUGAAGAAUCCCAGGCAGCGGCGGAACGGGAGCUGAACGGAUUGAAAGACGGUAAAUUCCGUGCUGAAGAGGCCCUUGAGAGGAUCAAAAGGGAAUAUGAGGACACAAGGAAGGCCAUGGCAAGCAUGCAAGAUGCUCUCGAUCAAACUGAUAACCAGAUGGAGGAAGUAGAACGUCAAAGGGCAGGAGUACGCAAAACUCUCCAGGCGGAACAAGCCCGCUCUGAAAAGCUGCAGAAAUCAUACAAGGUAGCCACAUUUCCCAUUCUCGCACUACCACUAUUCCAACUAACCGCCCCUAGGCCCUUCAAGAAGAAUACCGCCAACUGCAGGCUGUCCGUCCAAAGGGUAUCGAUAACAAUCCCAGAUCGUCUAUAGACUCAGCCCGGUCGGGUCGUGCAUCACCAACCUCCUCACAUGCUAAUACCGCUGGGAACCAGACGGUGGACAUGGACUAUCUGAAGAAUGUUCUCCUUCAAUUUCUCGAACAGAAGGAUAAAAAGACACAGCUGCAAUUGGUGCCAGUUCUCCGCAUGCUUCUGAGGUUUGAUAGGAAGGACGAACAGCGAUGGCUAGCAGUCAUUUCUGCGAAGUAGUUGUGUGACGGAUUAGUGACGGGCGAAUUGAUUGGUCAAAAGGCGUUGGCGAAUAACAUUUUUUUUUCCCCCUGAUAUUAUUUUUGCAUUUUCUUUGUUAUUAGGGAAGGGUUUCAUGUGGGCUCCUGUGGGACUUGUAGUAUCUAAUUAAUGAGGUUGCGGGGAUGGUUGCAAGGGAUCUUCUCUC